AACAAAUAUCAAGAACAUCACACACAGAUUCCAUGUUGACCAUUUGUUGUAAACAUUGUAGAUGUUAGUCAUGUAACUAAAUAAAGACAUUCACUUUGAAUGGAUAAGUAUGGUGGGGUGUAGAUUUUUUUCCUCCUUCCUGAGCCUAAAUUAACCAUUGGACCAAUCCAAAAAAAGAAUGGCCAGUUUGAAAUCGAAAGUGAGCUACAGCUGCAGCAACAACAACACCAACUCCGUCCCUUUCUAUCUCUCAUCAUUCUGCAAAAAAGUGGUAACACAAAUUAGAUUCCCAAACACAACCAUAUCUCCUCCUAAGCUUCAACUUCAAGCACUUGGAAAAGCCAGAGCUAAAGUACUACUUUCUGCUAAAAUGGCAGCUGGAACUGUGAAUGAGGUCCUUCCACCCCCACUUGAUUCCAGUUCGGAACCACCUCCGGUUUUUGAUGGAACUACAAGGUUGUAUAUAUCAUAUACAUGCCCGUACGCACAGCGUGUGUGGAUCACUCGGAAUUGUAAGGGUUUGCAGGACAAGAUAAAAUUGGUUCCUAUUGACCUGCAAAACAGGCCUGCUUGGUACAAGGAGAAAGUGUACUCAGCUAACAAGGUGCCAUCGUUGGAGCACAACAAUGAAGUCAAAGGAGAGAGUCUUGAUUUGAUAAAAUAUAUUGACAGUCACUUUGAAGGACCUUCUCUCUUUCCUCAUGAUCCAGACAAGAAGGAAUUCGCAGAAGAGUUGUUGUCCUACACAGACACGUUCAACAAAUCUGUGAUUUCUUCAUUCAAAGGAGAUGGGAAUGAAGCAGGUGCUGCAUUUGAUUACAUCGAAACAGCUCUUUCCAGAUUUGGAGAUGGACCAUUUUUUCUUGGUCAGUUCAGUCUGGUGGAUAUAGCUUAUGCUCCAUUUAUUGAAAGAUUUCAGCCCUUCUCAUUGGAAGUAAAGAAAUAUGACAUCAUAGCAGGCAGGCCUAAUCUGGCUGCUUGGAUUAAGGAGAUGGACAAAAAUGAUGCUUACAAACAAACUAGACGUGAACCAAAGGAGCUUGUUGAAAUUUACAAGAAACGCUUCACAGUAUUCCCUCCUUCCCUUUACACAGCACAGCUCUAAAACCGGUCUCUCAAAUUACAGCAUUCUAUUACCCUCCACAUGUUCUAGAAAUGGCAUUAAGUUUCUCCUUUCUUUUCUUUUUUUUUUUGUUUGAAUCAGUAUUAAAGAUUUUUUUCACUUUUAUGUUUUAAAUUUUCAACAUGAUUGUAAUCUAGUUCUUCAAUUUUAGUUUCAGAGAUGUAUUGUUGAUCUGACCGUUUAAUUUUAUUUUUGUUGUUCACGAAAAA